UCAUGUAUAGACUUCCAGUAGCCAUCGUUUGCGCUUUCUCCUGGACAACAAUCAAAGAAGUCUGACGCUCGCGAAAUUAUGAUUAUGCAAAACAUAAACCGUAAAGCACGCUCGCGGUACAUUAGAGAAGUUGGCAGACUAUCCCAGGACGGAACAGAUUAAGAAGAAUAUUACAUGGAUAUUUCUCAGUCGUCGGUCAAUCUCUGGUUUGACAGUUUAAAACUGAAUACUCAAGCUGUUAAUCGUGGAGAAGCGUAAAGAAAAACGAAAAAGUGAGCAUGCCACCCAAGAAAAAGGGUUCGGCGGACCGUCAGGACUUAGGGGCCACUGAGGAGAAGGAGAAGAAUGCCCAAGUCCAGCUGGAGAAGGCCAAGUGUAAGCCUGUUGCUUUCGCUGUUCGAACAAACUUCACUUACACUCCUGCAGAUGAUGACAACGUCCCUAUACCAGGGCAAGGAGUUUCCUUUGAGGCUAAAGACUUCCUACAUAUAAAAGAGAAAUUUAAUAAUGACUGGUGGAUUGGGCGGCCUGUAAAGGAAGGAGGAGUGGUUGGUUUUAUCCCCAGCCCAGUGAAUCUGGAGACCAUUCUGAUCAGGAGAGAGGUGCAGGCCAGGAAGGCCGCCAAAGCGCUAGCCAAUAAAGCAGCAAGUUCUGCCAAAGAUGAUAUGAACGCAAAGAAAGUAGCUCCACCACAAACAGUUCAGCAAGUAAAGAAAAAAUCAGGAGAACAACUGGCUGCAUAUGAUGUUGUGCCUUCCAUGCGUCCUGUGGUGCUCAUGGGGCCUUCACUCAAGGGCUAUGAGGUUACAGACAUGAUGCAAAAAGCUCUAUUUGAUUUUCUAAAACACCGAUUUGAAGGAAGAAUAACUAUCACCCGGGUGACGGCGGAUAUUGCACUUGCCAAACGGUCGAUCCUAAACAACCCCAGCAAGCACGCCAUUAUGGAUCGCUCCAACACCCGCUCCAAUUUAGCCCAAAUCCAAGGAGAAGUAGAGAGGAUUUUUGAGUUAGCUCGCAGUCUACAGCUUGUGGUUCUGGAUGCAGACACCGUUAACCACCCUAUCCAGCUUAGCAAGACCUCAUUGGCCCCAAUCCUGGUCUAUGUCAAGAUUUCAUCACCUAAGGUCCUCACAAGAUUGAUUAAGACCAGAGGAAAGUCUCAGACUAAACACCUGAAUGUUCAGAUGGUGGCUGCAGACAAAUUGGCCCAGUGUCCUAAUGAGCUUUUUGAUAUCAUCUUGGAUGAGAACCAGCUCACAGAUGCCUGCGAGCACAUCGCUGAUUACCUGGAGGCCUACUGGAGAGCCACCCACCCUCCUGAAAUGGAGCCUCCCAAUCCCAUGCUGGAGAAACUGGCAGAAAACACACUUCCCACCAGCCCCACACCUGCUAAGGAGGAAGAGAAAAGCAAGAAUGUGGCUGCCACUAAGAGGAAAGGAUCUCAGGAGUACCAGCAGGAGCAUCUGCCCCAGGCCCAGGAGACAAGAGAGGAGGAAGAGGAAGAGGAAGAAGUGCAGGAGGAGGCAGAGGAGGAGGAGAGGCUCCUUCGUAGUGAGCCAAAGAGACAGACCCAUCAUCACCAUCAUCACCAUCGCUCCAACACCAACCGAACUGAGCACCAAAAUAAACAUCAGCACCACCAAGUGCGCCACCAGCAGCCCAGUGACACGGAGCUGCUGCCCACUAAAGACUCUUUGUACACGGAGCCCCGGAGCAGGCGCGUGCUCCUGGAUGAGGAUGAUCUGGACCAAACCGAGGUCUACCAAAAUAGGACAACAAUUCACAGGGACCAUAACCACCACCAUCACAACCAUCACCAUCAUCAUCAUCAUCACCGGCGUGGGACCACAGAUGUUCCGGCGGAUUAUUCCCACCACGGACAGCAGGACUACGAGCUGGACCACAAUAAGCGUAACAGGCAACAGAGAAACCAGAGCCAGCUGUGCUCACACCAAGAACAUCACUACAAUUACCCGCAUCACAAUCACUACCACUUCCAGGGACGGGAGCGGGACAGAGACAGAGAGAGGGACAGCAUCUUCACAAGGUCCUUUGCUGUUGUUCUGGGAUUGAUUUGCACUUUUCACACCAAACUACUUUCAUCUCAGACAGAAUGCGUCUCCUUCCUGAGCGGUGUGAUGGCUGCGUGGUCCCAUGGUGUUUAUACUUGCGCACUAUUGAUUGUACAGAUGAACAUGGUACCUUCAGGCAUUUGGAAAUUGCUCCCAAGGAUGAACCAGAAUUGUGGAUGUCCACAAUUUGUUUUCUGAGGUCUUGGCUAAUAAUUUUUGAUUUUCCCAUGAUGUCAAGCAAAGAGAUACAGAGUUUGAAGGUAGGCCUUAAAAUAUAUCCACAGGUAUGCCUCCUAUUCAGUACAUCUACUAUCAGAAGCUAAUUGGCUAAUUUUUUUUAAUGGCUUGAAUAAAUUUUCUGUAAAUUUAUAAGCAGUUAAAAGGCACUGUUAACUUAAGUGUAUGUAAACUUCUGACCCACUGGAAUUGUAAUAUAGUAAAUUAAAAGUGAAACAAUCUGUCUGUAAACAACUGUUGGAAAAAAUGACUUGUGUCAUGCACAAAGUUGAUGUCCUAAAUGACUUGCCAAAACUAUAGUUUGAUAAUAUUAAUUCUAUGGAGUGGUUAAUAAAUUAGAUUUAAUGACUUAAACCGAAGUGUAUGUAAACUUCUGACUUCAACUGUAGUUAUGUGAAAAUCAAACCUUAAGCCAUACUAAAGCGGUGUUUGAUGCUCAUGCAAAAUUAAUGCAGAUGAAAACUUUUUUGUUCUGUUCCAAAUUUGAUUUAUCAUAUAUAAAAUGUAAAUAUUUUUAACCAACCAACUACAUGUAUUUCUGGUUUCUGCAUGGAGCCCUACUCAUAACAAUGCUUACCGUGACCCUGGAUCUAUUUUAACCUAUUCAGAUGUUCUUUUUUUUUUUAUAUACAUACAGUAUACAUAUGGAAUGGAUAAAGGCAUGCUUUAAUGUCCUGAGAGAAAUGGGUAAAAAGUAUCUAUUUAAUUAAAAGCAUGGACAAAGCUUUGUUUCCAGUUUUGUACAAAAAACAAAACAAACUAAAAACUCUUGGCUCUGUUGAUAUUGCUUAUACAUCUGGUUCCAUGAGUUUUAUUUGAAUAUCCUGUUAUGUAAUCUGAGUACACUAUGCAUUAGUUUUUAACACUAUAGCUUGAAAUUGAUUUCUAUGCGUUUGUACAUACCUCAUAAAUGCGUGCGAAAAUAUGUACAGAUAAAACUGUGGAUAGUUCCUGCUGCAAUGUAUUAUAGAUAUAUUUCUAUUUUCAAUUGGUCUGACUAAAUUGUUUUUAUUUAUAUGUCCUCUACCAAAUACCACACACUUCAAAUGUAUUAUGUUUUAUCCUUUUUGUUGUGCAUUGUUUUGUUUUUCCAAAAAUAGCUCUCAUUGUGUAUUCACCUUAGAUUAAUUAGGGGAAAAAGGAACUAUACUAUGAAGCGUUUACAAAAAGGUAUUUUUCUUAAGAAUACACAUGCAGUACAAAUAGACCGUUUUGAAAAGUGUAUUUAAUACAAUUGUACUUUAAUGGAUGUUUUGGGUAAAAUAUUUCUUUGCCUUUUGGCUUGGAUUGCCAUUAAAUUAAAAGUGGGCACAACAAUAAUGACUGACUGUACUAUACAUUAUCCCUUACAUGUACUCUGGUAUUGGGGCACCAUGAAACAAGUCUAUUCAGAUAUGUCAAGGUUAAUCAAUGUUUUGGUAUCUUAACUUUCAGAAUAAGUAGCCUCUGGGUUACUAUAUAUUGGAUUUUCAAAUAGGCCAAGAUAGUCUUUUUGAAAGUUUGAGGUAAAUAUAAGCAAGAACUCCCACGCUUAACACUGCAAUGCCCAAGAACACAGCCAAACCAGUAUUUGCCUAAUGAGGUUCAGGGUCUUUUUCUUAGUAACUAUGAUAAUACAUCAACCACUCUCAUAAUAUACCUGUAUUUAAAAUGCAUUAUAAGCUAUUUAAUGGCUUUUCAACUAAAUUCUAAAAGUAAAACAAUUCAUGAAACAGCAAAAAUGGAAAGGGUAACAAAAGAUAUCCAACAACUGUUUUGGCUGACUAAAAACUGCAAUGUAUGAAACUAGUUUGAGAACUUGCCCCGAGCUGAAAGAUAUUCUAGUCCUAGAGUUCUUCAAAAUAUACCAUCAUAAUAUAUUUGAAUCUUGGCUUAAUAUAUGCCACUAUGGUUUAGCUUAUUUACCCACAAACUACAAUAUUACAAAAAUAUGAUAAUAUGGUACUUUUUUUGUGAAUAGAAUACAUUUCUUUGAAGGGAUAUUUCUCCCAAAAAGGAAAAUUCUCUCAUCAUUUACUCACCCUCGUGCCAUUCCAGAUGUGUAUGACUUUCUUCUGUGGAACACAAAGAUUUGUAGAAAAAUAUCUCAGGCUCUGUAGGUAAUUUCAGUGAAUGUCAGCCAUACCUUUAAAGCUCCAAAAAGCAGAUAUAGGCAACAUAAAAGUGAUCCAUUUGACUCCAGUAGUUUAAUCAAUGUCUUCUGAAGUGAUCCCAUUGGUUUUGGGUGAGAACAGACCAAAAUAUUACUAUUUUUUCACCAUACAUUUUAUAUUGAAAUCUCGAGGCAUGAUUAUGAUUUCAAGCUUGAAGCACAAAGCACUAGAUGGCGAAAUAUUAAGUGUAAUCAAACUUGAAAUCACGAUCGCCAAGGAGACUGCUGUCAAGAUUUAUAGUGAAAAAGGAAUUAUAUUUUGGUAUGUUUGGUCACUUCAGAUGACAGUGAUUAACCCACUGGAGUCUUAUGGAUUACUUUUAUUCUGCCUUUAUCUGCUUUUUGGAGCUUCAAAUGUCUGGCCAUCAUUCACUUUAAUUUCUUUACCUACUUUCUGCAAAAGAAAGAAGUCAUACACAUCUUAUAUGGUAUCAGAGUGAGAAAAAAUUAUGAGAGGAUUUUCAUUUUUGGGUGAAAUAUCCCUUUCAUUUACAACAGGUUAGAACCGGUGAUUGAAAACAACACAUAUUCUAUAGAAAUUAAGCAUGUAUGCAUUUGGACAUAUGACUUAUAUUCUUAGAGUUACUGAGACAGCCUUUGGCAAUUUCCCGAAAUGACAACUAGCCCUGGU